CUGACGCCGCUCAAUUUCAUGCCAGUCAGAAUCGGCGCAACUUCUGCCAGUGCGUCGAAUAAGGAACAAUGUUGUCAAGAGUGCGCAGGACUGGAAAAGAGUGCACAAGAUGAACUGGGCCAAGAAAUUGUCGAGGAUGCGUGGGUGUGGAAAGUCUACAACGACGAGGCAACGAAGGCUGAUGACGCACUCUUCGAGGCGUGUAAUCGAGGAAUGGACGUGCUUCUAGUUUUUACGGGUUUAUUCUCGGCUGUGUUGACGACGUUCGUCGUACAAUCGUAUCAACAGAUGCUCCCCUCUUCCGUCGACACCACCAACGUCCUAUUAGCGCAAUUAAUCGCACUUCAGGACAAUAAUACAAGAACAUCACCCUCAGCGCUUCUCUCAUCCAUUCCUCAAAUCGCUUCCCCGACGACGCGCGAGAUUCACUGGGUAAAUGGCUUAUGGUUCGCAGCUCUAGCAUGCAGUUUAUCGGCUGCGCUAGUUUCGAUGCUCGCGAAGCAGUGGCUCGUACCACCAGCCUAUGAAUCUGGCUCGCACCGAUACCGAGCUCGCCAGCGCCAAGUGAGGUAUACACAACUCGAGGUCUGGCACGUAUUUGCUCUAAUCAACGGACUGCCGUUGCUCCUCCACGCUGCGUUGUUGCUCUUCUUUGCUGGCCUCAUUGUCCUACUUUGGUCUGGCGACACAGGCAUUAUGGCAACCACCUUCGUUAUUGUCGCACUGGCGUAUACAUUUUAUUUUGGGUCUAUGUGGCUUUCGCUGCUGUAUCCUUAUUGUCCAUAUCAGCACCCAAUCUCUGCACACUUACGAAUAUGGAUGAUGGAGCCAAGUUCGUUCCUUUCAAUUGACAAGGACAUUGGAAGUGGAAGCAAGGAGGUCUUGCGCUACCCUGUGGCGAUUCAGCACCCAGCUGAAGAGGUUGAUGCAGAUGACCGCGUUGACACGGCCGCGUUGAUAUGGAUGCUUCAUCGCUGCACCAACACCGAAGCAUGUUCAGCAGCAGUCCAAGCGAUGGCUGGGUUGCCCAGGGACUUCACUGCUUCACAUAUCCUUCGUGAAGCUGGAGCAGUCGACACUAUCUUGCGGAAAUUUCAACUUUGCUUUCAGAUGGAUUCUACCCACGAGGCACAAUGGCAUGUUGUGGAUCCACGGAGCGCUGAGAAAUAUUGUCGAGCGUGGAUGAAUUCAACCCGAGGUACCGGUCAUAAGUGGCCACGGGCACUCUUUGAGCCAUUGCAAAAGCUCAUCGACCAGGAUUUCGAGAUGGAUGUGGCCGCAAUAGCGUCGUGCACGAUGGCGUUGGCCGCUAUGGACAAUCGCUGUGCGCAAAUGGGCGUCAUCACACAUUUAGAACAUUUUGCAAACGGCGAUAGACAAUACAGGCAGGCUACGCAGUGUUGGUUGCUUGGGACAUUUGUGGACUGUUCCUUCAACUGGGAGCUCGAGGCAGCAGUCAUAGAGGCUAUUACCAGCAAGGCUGUUCCGAUCCUCUUGCGCCUUUUCAAGUCAGCGAAGGCCGCCCCCAUGGCCGACGUAAGGUGUGCCAUCGUGCUAGCCCUAAGUUCUGUGACUGGUGGCAUCCACAACCUGGACACGCUCAAGAGCGAAAAUAGUCGACGUGAACGGUAUUUCGAGCUAAUCAUUCCAGCUCUCUCCAUCAUCGUUCAAGAUCCCACGCGAUUCGGGAUCAAGGAGGACUUGUUGGAAAUGGCGGCUUGCGAGCUUUCACACCUUGCUUCUCCCACGUUCUUCAGGGCACAAGUAUUUCAACCUGCACUGAAAAAUGUCAUUCGAAAGAGCUUGUCCAAGCUGUAUGCGGACGGGAAGGUCAGAGUAGGUCUCGUUUCUGACCACAUCCUCGCGGACGCCCUGCAGAUUCUGUUCCCACCCAUGGAUAUAUGCUGGGAGAAACGGACUCAAUUUGUUGCAAUACUUUUGGACACGCUAUCCGCAUCAUCCCAUCCUGGUGUCGUUGGUUGCACAUAUGGGUGA